UGUAAUGAGCACGUUCUGUUUCAGCUAUUUAGUGAUUUGUGUUUUAUGAAACAAAAGGAUUUCGUUGUAUUAAACAAGAUAUUUAAGUUGUCUGUCAUGGGAGAAAAAAAAUCUGUUUGGUGCUACAAGAUCUUCAGCAUUGCUUUAAUCUUUGACCUUGUCAACUGCAAUAACGGGUCAGCCUUCCAGCAAACUUCUCGCUUCUCUGCUUAUGAGGUGACCGUACCAAAACGCAUAGCACGACAGAGGAGAGACCUGGAUAACCAAGACACAGGGGAGGUGACUUACACCAUCCAAGCCCAGGGCAAGGAGCAUGUUGUUAUUCUGGAGAGGAACAAUGUCCUACUUCCCUGGAAUUUCACUGUUUACACAUAUGGUAAAGAUGGCUCACUCAUCACUGAGAGACCUGACAUGCAGAAUCACUGUCACUACAGAGGCUAUGUGGAGGAUGUUGAGUUUUCAUCUGCAUCUGUCAGCCUCUGUUCUGGGCUCAGUGGGUUUUUGAUGGUAGGGAACACUACAUUGGGGAUUGAGCCUCUGGAGGGCUCAUCUGGCUUUGAGCAUGUGGUGUACCGCUUGGAGGAUGAGGAGACGGAACCUGUCACCUGUGGAACCCCCCACACCCAUCACCCUAGCGACAGUGACAUCUCCUCCAAAGCCCAGAACAUUGGCCACUCUCACAGUGGUAUGUCUGGGGAUCCUGUCAGUCAUUUACUCAGAAGGAGGCGAGCUAUUAUGCAGCAGACUCACUACGUGGAGCUGAUUAUAGUGGUGGAUUACAAUGGAUUCAAAGUAAUGGAUAAUGAAACCCGGGUUCAAGACCAGAUGAUACAGGUUGCAAAUCGCCUAGACAGUAUGUAUGCGCCGUUGAACAUCCGUGUGGUGCUGGUGGGGUUGGAGAUCUGGACGGCAGGGAACCUCAUCACUGUGGACAGAAAUGCUGGGGGCGUGCUGUCGCGCUUCAGGGAGUGGAGGGCACAGAAUCUGCUGCCCCGCCAUCGCCAUGACGCUGGCCAUUUUGUUGCGAAACAACAUUUUGGAAAUAUCGCUGGGCUGGCCUACGUUUCCACUGUCUGCAGUCAGUUGAGUGCUGCAAUAAACAUUUAUGGGAGCGUGGGCUACCUCUCAUCCAUUAUGUCCCAUGAACUAGGCCACAACCUGGGUAUGGGUCAUGAUCGUCCAGGCUGCCACUGCCCAGCCAAACAAUGCAGAAUGGGCGCCAAAGGCACAUGUGGAGACUCAUGUGUUGAUAUUGUUUUCAGCGACUGCAGUGCUGAUAGCUUUGAGAAGUUGAUGCUGAAAAUGGGCCACCAUAACUGUCUCCUCAACGUGCCACAGCCACACAAGACCUACCGCAAGCCCUACUGCGGCAACAAGCUGCUGGACCCAGGGGAGGAAUGUGACUGUGGCUCGGAGGAGGAGUGCAAGAAGGACCCGUGCUGUGAGCCAAACACCUGUAAGCUGAAGUCCUGGGCUCAGUGUACCGAUGGGGAAUGCUGCAGGAACUGUAAAUUCCUGCCAGGUGGUUAUGAGUGCCGCAGCCGGUCAGAUGAGUGUGACCUUCCUGAAUACUGCAGCGGCUCGUCUCCUUUCUGCCCGGCUGAUGUCUUUGUGCAGAACGGGCAUGUCUGCAGGAACAACCAAUCAUAUUGCUACAAUGGCGAUUGCCAACACCAUGACACCCAAUGCAAGACCUUAUUUGGUUCCAAGGCAAGGUCUGCAGCAGAUGUGUGCUAUGAAUUUGUGAACUCUAAGGGGGACCGCUUUGGAAACUGUGGUGGCAACCGGGGGUGCAGUGCCAGGGAUGCCAAGUGUGGGAAGCUGCAGUGUGAAAAUGUUCAUUCGGACACCGUGUUUGACACUGAGCCCUCCAUCAUAUCAACCACCAUUGGUAAAAACAAGUGCUGGGGGGUGGACUUCAUGAUGGGGCCUGAUGUGUUGGAUCCAGGAAUGGUUAACGACGGAACAAAAUGUGGAGAAGACAAGGUGUGCUUGAAUAAUAAAUGCAAGGAUGUGUCAGAGCUCCAAUUUGACUGUGACAUGAAGGACAAAUGCCAUGGCCACGGGGUCUGUAACAACAAUAAAAACUGCCACUGUGAUUACGGAUGGGCUCCCCCUUUCUGUAAGGAAGAAGGCUAUGGAGGCAGCCUCGAUAGCGGCCCUACAUGGAACGAUAAAGACAAGGCCACCAGGGUUGGUUUGCUGAUAUAUUUCUUCCUAGUACUUCCUCUGCUCCUGCUGGGUAUGACUGUGUUUAUUGGUUGGAACCAGCUGCAGCAGCACUUCUGCAGGAACAGGACUGAAUGUAGACAGCAGACCAACAAUCAAAACUCAGCCUCUCAGGCAGGAAACCCUACUACAGAUGGAGUUGUUCAGACUUCAAUGCUGGCCUUUGUGCCUUCUUAUGGACCUUCGAACCCGCAAUCCCAAUACAAACCCCAUACUGUAGCGACACACAUGAGGCCUCAGCGACUUCCUCCUCCUCUUCCUCCUCCUUGUGUAUAGUACUAGUAGAGCCUGUUAACGGAGAGCCGGAUCACUCCCAAUUAACUCCAUUGUACCUGCAAUCUGUUGCAGUUCCGCUAGGGGUGAUCACGAAU